AGAGCAGAUGAAUGUGGUCCUUGUGAAAUGCCAAGUCACAUGCAGUAGUGUAUCUUUUUGCAGCAACCCUCACAUUAAUAAUUGAUUCUUUUAGAGACAUUUACAUGCUAUCAUAAUAGGACCCCCUAAAGACGUUAUUGGUAGGCUAUAGUAGUCUGACAAUGACUUCAGAGAGUUGAUUUCGUGCUGCAGGAUAUUUAUAUUUGACGUUACAUAAUCCGCAUACAAAUUACCUAAUUUCGACAUUCCAGAAGGAAGGCGCCUCAGGAAACAACCCACUUCAAGUGCUGUUUUGUUGCUAAACUAAGAAGCAUUUUGAACGAAUCUUUUAAGUGAUCAAAAAUCUUUUUUUGUUCAGUGCAUUGCACUAUUUUAAAGCGUGUCGAGUGACCGUCUUCAGCGUUCAAAAGCUUGGACCUGUUGAACGAACACCCCCCCUUCAGUCCCAGCUCUUGAAGCAGCUGGAUGAAUCGUCUCCUCCGUGUACAAGUACCUUGCAAUGAGCCAGCCGUCCAGAAACCAGCGUGCGCAGAGAGAUAGAAAUGGGGGAAACUAUACUGAGAAGAGAGACAGAGAACACCGCAGCCGACGGGACAGUCCUAGUGACCGACGGUCAGGCAGUGAGAGGUCUUCCAGCCAGCCUCCGUACUACCCCAGAGAUUCUCAGAGACCCGCGAGGAGCGCUCCUCGAGAGGAACACCCGCAGUCAAAGUGCUCUUACAUCUGUUCAAGAACAGGUAUUGUGUUGAUAUGUGCCGUCCUGACCAAUGCGUUGGUGCUCAUCUGCGUGGUGGCUGCUCACAUGUCGCAGAUGGGAAUGUCUGCAAUGGGUAUGGGCGGCACAAGCUUCAUUGACGCCAUCAUUCCUUUUGAGGGGACGGAGCUGCAGAAGGUGCGUGAUCUUGACAUGCAGUACGGACAAAUGAGAGCACCUCUAGUCUAUGGAGGCGUGGCAUUCAGCCUCACAUUUGGUAUACUUUCACUCCUGUUCGUAGUGUCCGGCAGCAAACCCGCCCACAUACUUCCACGGAAGCUUCUGAUUGGACAGUUUGCAUUCCUGAUCACUGGUGCAGUGGCUUAUGUGGUUGCUGUAGGUUUGUACCUGCAUUUCGUGAUCUACGUUAACUCAACCGACAUGUGCCUUCAACGUGAACGACUGUACGCUCGUAAUGGAUAUACCUGGAUGAACUGUAACGUAAAUGGGGGGGAUGCAUCUGUCGCACUAUUUGGAAUCAUAACUGCAAUUCUGUAUGCUGUUGGCGCCUUUUUAACAGGAAAAACAAUCCAGGAUGUCCGAAACUACUUUAAGGAGCGUGACCGCUACAAAGCCAAACGAAGAGAACAAACCAGAGAUCCCCAAGAAAGAACUCUUAAUUCUGACAUUUAUGUCUGAGUUGUGCUACAAAAAAUGUGGACUUAAACUUUCUCGACUGGAUGUACAUAAACUGGUUUUAAUUUGUUUUUCUUUGUUUUUCUUUUUUUUUCCUUUUUUUUUUUUUUUUACAUUUUUUUUACAUUUUUGAUCAAGAAAUCUGUUUUUAGAAUUUUUAUUAGAGUUGAAUUAGUUUUAUUUUAGUUUUUGCUGUUUUAAUAUUUCAGUUAAUAUUAAAUAAAUACUGCAUAAAAUAAAAUGAAGCUGUGGCUUUUAGCCUCAUGAAUAAAAAAUAAGUGAAUAUAAAACUAUCUGUAUUAUUAAUAUCUGUAUUAAAUAUAUGUAUUGUUUUAAUGAAAAAGUUCAAUCAAUAGAUAGUAGAAUUAUGUCAUUUUUAGACAUGAAAUUUGGCAUUGAAUAUUGAGUUAUGCUGAGCAAUUUAAAGGGUUAGUUCAUCCAAAAAAUGAUGUUGUUCCAAUCCAGAAUUACAAAAGAAGAUAUUUUGAAGACUGUUCAGUGGUUUGUUUUGGUUACCACUUACUUCUAUUGUAAGGUAAAAUAUAGCUGCGAGCAGCAAAUAUUGGGGUUCAAGCACUUUAAGACCUUUAAACUUUUUAGCACUGGUGUAAAAAGUUAGGAUGUUUUCUUUAGCAAGCAUACAACCAUGUGCAUCUGAAAUGGAAAAGACAAUUCACAGCCAAUAAUGGCAAUUUACUAAAGAAAUACAUGGUUUGAACAGUUCAAUUGACAGUGGCGGUCCUAGAGGCAAAGUUGCUCAGAAUGAGGAGCUCUACCAUGCGGUAUGAAUGUUGCGGGCGAUAAAUUGCGUGAUAUCCGAUCCUUUAGGCACAUGAAAAAUGUGAUUAUUUGGAAUAUCUCACAGGCCUCUAGGGCCGUGAGUCAAACAGGCCCAGCGAGUUUCGUUCCGAUCGACCUCCAUUAAACUUGUCAGGUGCUCAGAUUUUAUUGUCCACUGGCAGACAAGUUUUUAGAGAUACGCCAGUGUCCUCUAAGACAGUCUUGGCACCUUGGACAAAGACACCACAUGGCAUUUUUCAGGUCAAUCAGACUUUGAGAAUCUUGCUGCACCGUUUUAGUUCCAAUCAGGUUAAAAACCUAGGAUUAGUUCGCAAAAGUAGGUUUUCAAAAAAAAUACAAAAUACAAAAAAUUUUGCCAGGGUGAUGAUCAAAUCUUGAGCCAAGGAUUCCAAUAAUAUAAGACACUUCAGUCUAAGCCUAUCAAUUUAGGAGUUAUGAGCAAUUUUGUACUUUUCACCGCUGUAACACCCCCCGUCAGGCCAAUCGGGGCGAGCCUUGGUGACGUAGUAGACCAUGUGAGUAUGGUGUCUCUACGACUUACGGUUUGGUCUGCCUGAUGACUUUUAGGUGAGAAUGCUGACCCUUUGGAAAUCUAACAAUUACAAUAGGGUUUCAGAGCUACGUGCUUGAACCCCUAAAAAAACACUGAGAGAUUUCUCAAAAUAUCUUCUUUUAUGUUCCACUGAAGAAAGAAAGACAAAGGUUUGGAAUGACAUGAGUGUAAAUAAAUGAUUUUGGGUGAACUGUCCCUUUAAUCUUAAUGAUUAUCUAUGGCUGAUUGUCCAGUAGGGGGCAGCAGAUGAACAUGCAAUUCUGGCCCCUCAGUGUGACCUCACACUAUGACCUUAAAUAGCAUUACAGCUGAAUGUGACUUUAGCAUUCAUGAUACAAUCAUUUUUCCCCACUGUGACACAUGUAAUAUUUUUCUAGAUGUUAUUAAAAAUGAUUUUGAAGAUUC